GGUACCGGGCAUUCUCUUCUUCCAAGAAACCAUGGCCAAGUCUUCGUUCAGAAACGACUCGUCCAAGGAGGCCAGCACCAGCGAGCUUGGCCAGGCCUCUGACACGCAGUUACCUGUCCGCAAGAUACAAGGCUUUUCGUGGUUCCUUGUCGUCGUCAGCAUUUUGUCCAGCAUUUUCCUCUACGCAUUGGACAAUACCAUUGUCGCGGACAUCAUUCCGGCCAUUGUAAAAGAUUUCUCCUCCAUCAAAGAUCUCGGAUGGCUUUCAGUCGGCUUUAACAUUGGCGGUGUUGCUGUCAUCAUGCCCAUUGGGAAACUCUACGGCAUGUUCGACGUCAAGUGGCUGUACAUAAUCUCCAUGGUCAUCUUCCUCGCUGCGUCGGCUCUGUGCGGCGGCGCUCCGAACAUGAAUGCUGAGAUUGUCGGCCGUGUCUUUGCUGGUGCCGGCGGCAUUGGCUUGUAUAUUGGCGUUAUGAUACUCCUCUCCACCAACACGACCGAGCAAGAACGCCCCGCCUAUCUCAGUCUUGUCGGCUUGGUCUGGGGUUUCGGCACUGUCCUCGGUCCGGUCAUUGGCGGCGCCUUUGAGAAAGUCAACUGGCGCUGGGCGUUCUAUAUCAACCUUAUCAUCGGCGGCGUUCUCUUUCCCAUUUGGUUCUUCCUACUCCCUGGAUUCCAUCCCGCCAAGCACAUUGCCCUUGGCCAAAGACUCCGACAUUUCGAUUCAGUUGGCACCGUCAUCAGUAUUGGCGCCUUUGUCGCGACCAUCAUGCCCAUCAACUUCGGCGGCACUCUCUACUCCUGGGACAGCGGCGAGAUAAUCGCGCUAUUCGUUGUCGCCGGCGUCCUUUGGAUUGCUUUCGGAGUACAGCAAGGACUGACUCUAUUCACGACCGCAACCGAAAGAAUGUUUCCGGUCCAGUUCCUCAAGAACAAAGAGACGAUUCUCCUCUUCAUAUGCGCUACCGCCUGCAACUGCGCAGUGUUCGUCCCUAUCUACUACAUCCCGAUCUACUUCCAGUUCUCGCGCGGCGACGGGGCGCUGGACUCGGCCGUGCGGCUGCUUCCUCUAAUCUUCCUCCUCUGCUUCUCGAUCCUCACAAACGGCUACCUGAUGUCCCGCCUCGGCUACUACGUGCCGUGGUACAUCCUCGGCGCCAUCCUCGCCCUCAUCGCCAACGUCUUCCUCUCGCUCAUCGACCUCGACACCUCGCAGUCCUACAUCUACGGCUUCGAAGCCAUGCUCGGCCUCGGCGGCGGCGCCUUCGUGCAAGCCGGCUACGCCGUCAUCCAGACGGCCGUCCCGCCACAAGACCUCGGCUACGCCGUCAGCUUCAUGAUGAUCGCCCAAAUCGGCGGCAUAGCCAUCGGCCUCGCGUGCGGCAGCGCCGUGUUCAUCAACGGCGCUACCGACGGCCUCAAGGCCCUGCUGCCGAGCCUCCCGGUCGACCAGUUGCAGGCUGCUAUCUCGGGCGCUAGCAGCCAGGUUCUGCAGAGCUUGGAUGAGGAGACGCGGCGUGAGGCGCUGCAUGUUAUUGUAGAUAAUAUGGCCAAGACGUUCAUCUUCGCGUAUGUUGGCGCGGCAGUGGCGUUAGUUGCUUCGUUCGGUCUCUCGCGGAAACGCGUGUUCUUGCCCACUGCGGCGGGCGCUUGAUGCGCUGUCGCUUGCGUUGUAGAAGGUUGCUGGAGGCGGAUAUGGGAGAAUUCGGAAAAGUAGAGCUGGAUGGUUGGUGUAUGGUGUAGAGCUGAUGACUAGACGUAUAUGGGGUUUGGAGUUUUGGGUGUUUGUAUAGACUUGGAUUUUGUGGAUUUUGGCGCUUUUUUGUGUCUUGCACUGCUUGUGCGUUCGGUGGUUGGGUAGCGGUUUGCGUCGAGAAUGGGGUUGGGCUUUGUUGAUGACACGCAAUUAGAUGAGCUGCGCAGGAAGAUACUGUCGCGGAAUCUAGCCUUGCUGGUAUAAGUAUGCUUGCUGGGCCACAUGCCGGCCCUCUGCGAGAGAAAGAAGUAAGGCUCUGUAUGACUUUGGGAAAACUGAAAAGACUCGAUACACGUAUAUUG